AUGAGUGAAACAGUAGCUGCGAUGAGUGAAACAACACCUUUGCUGGUUAUUGAGGGUGUAGAACAUGUUGAAAAUGAAAUUCCAGCCUUAAGACUCAAAUACAAAAAUUCAAAUGCUCAUGGGAUUCAAACAUUAAAAUGUCUGGAUGCCAUGCGAAAAGAACGACAAUUAUGCGAUGUCAUACUCAUGGUUGAAGGUCAUGAAUUAUUUGCACAUCGAGCAUUAUUGUCAUGCCAUUCAAAUUAUUUUCUUGAACUUUUUCUUCAUGAUGAAAAUGAAACAGUAACAAAAAAGCAAAUGUAUUAUCAAAUUGAUGGUCUUCAAUAUUUUGCUUUGAAAUUAAUUAUUCAAUUUAUAUACCGUGGAAGUUUUCUUUUAACAUUGGAAAUGGUACCAAAAAUAUAUUUGGCUGCAUUUCAAUUACGCAUUGAAACAAUAUUUAAAGCAUGCUCAAAUUAUCUCUGUGAACAACUCACGGAACACAAUUGUUUGAGUACACGUCUAUUGGCUAUGGAAGAUGAUCUUCGCGCAGCAGCCAAUGAUUAUAUAAAAGGUCAUUUUAAUGCUGUUUUGGAAACACGUGAAUGCCAUACAUUGCCCACCAUCAAGGUAGAAUUAAUCGAUUCAAAAAUCCUUAAACCGAAGAUAAUGUGUAAUCUCGUUAUAAAUUGGAUUGCUCAACAACUUUCUAAGGAUAAUAGUGAUCUUCAAGAACUUUGUGAAUGUAUGCACUUGCUCUAUCUUAACGGGGAAACACUUCAUGAUUGUGCCAAGAUGGAUGACAAAAAUAUUCAUUUUUCGGAUAUAAUCAAAGAUUACCAAAGCUAUAAAUUAACAAAACGAAAUCUAUCAUCAUCGAGUACUCAAAUUGAAACAUUUUCUUUUGAAACACCGAGCUUGCAAAUCAACAAUACUAAUCUAUCAUCCAAUGCAAUUCUUAAUUUAUUUACACCGGAAACAAAACUGAUUCAUAUGAGUCAAUCAAAUGAUCAUAGUUUUAUUGCGAUUGCAAUAAUCAAAGGAAAAAUGUUAAUUCUUUCUCUACACAUGUCAUUGUCACCGUCAAGUCCAACAACACCGGAACUGAAUGUUGGUGUACCAUUAGAGAAAACUUAUGAUGAAAAUCAUUCCAAUGGAAAUAGCCCGAUACUAACUAUAGAUAACGACAUUGAAUUUGGCUCUUUAGUAACAGCACGAUGUUGUUUUGGAACUGCAUCUAUCGGUGAUAAGAUUUAUGUUGUUGGCGGAUAUAAUCGUUCCGAGUGUCUUAAAACAAUUGAACAAUUUGAUUUUAAUCAAAAUAAAUGGAAAUUAUUAUCAUAUCCGAUGGCCAAUCGACGAGGCCGUGUAUCAUCUACUAUUGUUAAUGAUAAAAUUUAUGUAUGCGGUGGUUGUGAUGGACAAAAAGAAUUAAAUACUGCUGAAUGUUUAGAUUUAAAAUCUAUGAAUAAAUGGUCAACGAUAAGUGAACUUUCUACACCGGUGGCACACAGUGCGAUGUGCAGUGAUGAUAAUUAUGUGUACUUAAUCGGUGGCAUGGAAGGUGAUAAAUGUAAAAGUGAUUGUUAUCGAUAUGAUCCCCAAGAUAAUACUUGGUCAAGAUUAGCACCAAUGAAUGUUGAACGAAGCGAAAUUGGUAUUGUUUAUUUUAAUGAUAAAAUCUAUGUAUUUGGUGGUUCAACAUUAAGUCGAUGUUUGUCGUCGUGUGAAAUUUUAACAUUAUCAACCAAUGAAUGGAAUAUGGGGCCGUCGAUGAAAGAGAGUCGCCGCGGUUGUGGCGCAGUAUUAUAUCAUGACAAAAUAUUUGUUAUUGGUGGCUCGAAUGGUAUUACAUCAUUGACAUCGAUUGAAAUAUUUGAUCCAAUUACGAAUGAAUGGCUAAUUAAUUUGAAUGGAACUCAAAAUGGAUUAAAUACUCCGCGUGUUGGCCUUGGCGUCACUGUUUGUUGCGAUAAAAUUUAUGUUAUUGGUGGUUUCGAUGGUCGAACUUUUCUCAAAUGUAUCGAGGUUUAUGAUGAAAAUGCUCAACAAUGGCGAUUAAGCUAUAAUAAUAAUAAUAAUAAUACUAUCAAUCAAUCAGAUAAGAAUAAUUAA